GAAUAUUUUAACAGUGCUCUGCAGCGACACUGGCGAUCCAUCGAUGCAGGAAAGUAGGAAGCUGCUGUGGAUUUGAAUCGGUGAUAGUGUUGGAAAUACUCUGGAGGAGAAAUGGCGGAUCUUAGUAGCGGCGGAAGCGGCGGCGGUGCGAGGAAGGUGGCGGUCGGGAGCAUAGCGGCGAGGAGGGCGGCGAGGUGUGGGUUCGUCGAGCCUGCGCCACGACUGAGCACGACGGCUCGGUUCAGGAGCGUCAGCCCUCUCGCUUCGCCCGCUGCCCUCGUCACGAUUCCGCCCGGUAUCAGCCCCACUGCGCUGCUCGAUUCGCCGGUCUUGCUCCUCAAGUCUCAUCAGGAUUUGAUGGCACAACAACUUCAUAAGGAAGAUCAGUCAGCAGAGUUUGCAACUCUAAUAGGAAGAACAUCAGAAGAUGGAUACAACUGGAGAGAGUAUGAUCAGAAGCAGGUCGAAUGCAGUGAGUUUCCUCAGUGUUACUCCGAAUGUACUUAUCCAAGCUGUCGAGUAAAGAAAAAGAUAGAGCAUUCUCUGAAAGGUGAUAUUACAGAUAUCAUUUAUGAGGGUCCUCAUCGUCAUCCAAAACCUCAACCAACUCAUAGCUCUGGGUUUUCAUCAUCUUAUUCAAUCGAGUUGUCCACCUCUGCAAUUGGUCUUGAAGCAACCAUAAAUGUUGAAGAGGAAUCAAUUAGUACAGGUUCUCAGCAAGAAUCCAAUGAUAAAAAUGCUGUAAACUGGAACACAGCUAUGGAGAGGGCAUCACCCACAUCUGAUUUUACUGAGUUUUCAGAUGCUCUCUCUACGGCAAAAGAAAAAUGCUCAAAAGUUCCUAUGAAGCAUCCAGUUACUCAAGCAAAUGAAGCUGAGCAGGAUGAUGAUGAUGAUGGAAACAAAUCCGAGCUGAAAAGAAGGAAGGAAGAGAGCUAUUUUGUUGAUUCAAAUACAAUUUGUGGUGCUCGUGAACCAAGAGUGGUUAUUCAAACAGUUAGCGAUGUGGACAUUCUGGACGAUGGAUACCGGUGGAGGAAGUAUGGCCAGAAGGUAGUUAAAGGAAAUCCAAAUCCAAGAUUUGUUGCGACUCAGCUUUAUUAAUAUGUCCUUUUAUACAACAGGAGCUAUUACAAGUGUACCUAUCCGACAUGUUCAGUAAGGAAACUCAUCGAAAGAGCCUCACAUGACUUGAAAUCAGUGAUCACAACUUAUGAGGGAAAGCACAACCAUGACGUGCCUAAACCAAACGCUGGUGGGAAACCACAGAACACUCCAACUGCUCAAUCCUCCAUCACUUCCAAACUCAAAGAAAGCCAGAAUAUAUUCCCCAGCUUCCAUGAAAAUCUUGAAUUUCCAAGUAACAGAGGGAAUGCUACUUUCGACUUGUCAAGGGCCUUUCCAUCCUAUGAUAUGCUACAAUCAUUGUCAUUUGGAUCAGUUGCAUCCAGAUUUCACUGCAAAGAGCCUACUCUUCCACAUCCACCAUCAAAUUUAAACUUUAGCUCACCUUUUCAGAUGUCCGUUCCGAGGCCAGGCACUGCAUUUUAUGACUAUAAAGUUUAUGAUCUUUCAAGACCAAAUGCUAGUGAAGUUCAUUUUCUACUUGGCCAACAGCAGUCUAUGGAAGAUGGUACGAGCUCUCAGCAUGAUUCCUGUACAGAAAGAGGCUUGUGAAUGAUCUUCAUAAUGUGAAAAUUCCCAGCUUCUUCAGCUUAUGCACGAACUUUUAUUGCAGUAGGUAUUCCCUUACGCUAAGCGAAGAAAUGCUUAGGUUCAUCUCCUCAUAUCAAUGUUUUUUAAAAAAUAAAAAUAUUUUUUUCUGUAUCAUAGUAGUAUCAUGCAACAAUAGGUUUAGUUCACAUGGCUUGAAAUUUGAGGAAGCAAAAUAUGUGUAUUAAGUAACGUGGCCAAAAUUGAAUGACUAUAAGGUUAAUUUCAGAUAUCUAUCUAUAUGUAACGUCCUUUAGUGGAUGCCUUUCUUUAUCAGCUAAUGGAGAAGUACAAGUAUGAUUUUGAAGUUCAA